AUGUUUGACAUUUUGGAAAAAGCCGUCCACAAGUUCGUGCUCAAGUGGGGCCGCAUCAUCAAGUACGACCCAGCGCUCACAUGGAUGGCUCUUGGCGUGGCUGAAUGGUUUCCCCCGAUCCCCAAUACCCAUUGGGUUCUUUUAGGUCGUGAUGUCACUUCUAGCACCCACACUUGCAUCGGUUCGGUCUUUGAAGGUUACGAGUCUUUCAUUGACUCCGCACCUGGAUUAAGCGAGUUUUUGCAAUCCAUGGUACAAGAGGAAGCCGGCAUGCGAUUCCAUGAGGUUUACGAGCGCUUGGCUUUGGUGCUUUUACAUUCCCCCGAGCUGGCAAACAAACGUGACAAGCCAGGAAACUCGGUGAAAAUCAACAAAUCGACUCUCCCCGUCAGCGGAGGAACCAUAGAACAGCGCGUGUCCUUUUUCAUCUACGUGUUCCAGAAGUUGCUCCCAGAGCUUUCCCUGUACUUCCAAGAGGAGCAGAUUCUCAACAAAUUCGGGCUGAACGAUGACGAAUGGCUCAUAUGGUGGCUCAAGUACUGUGGCUCUAAAGUAUGGUCCCGCGUUGACCGUGGCCGCAUUUGGGAUCUCAUGUUGGGCUGGCGCAUGCAGAGCAAGAAAUCCGAAGCUGAUCGCAAUUAUUACGCAGAUAAACUCAACAUCUCUUCCGAGUUGUUAGAUAAGCUUGGUCCAGACAGCUUUUGGUCUGUGGACUAUGUUGAAGAGGAGCGCCUUAUCAAAGAAGACUCAUUCAAGGACUUGAUCAACGACUUGCACAUCGACUCGUGCUCUAACCAAAGUUCCAGCUCUUCAGGAGAUUCUCUGCCUGUUUUAUCAUCUUCUCUGCGGGCUACAUCUACGGGUUAUGAACGGGAUCAGCAGAUUCCUUUUGCCCGCAUCGAUCCGCACAUUGAACUUCUCUUUGUUUCGCUUGCACUUUUGAAGGCAAAGGAAAACACAUUGGUGGAGCUCGACCAGCACGAGAUCCGCACCUUCUUGUCGCAUCUUCCUGCCAAAUCUUUCAGCUUGAGUGACAAGUACAAACAGUACCAGGAGCAGAAAGAUAAAGAAAAGGGCACUACACCCAUGGCUUACGGGGUCUUUACACAUGAUUAUAUGGACCGCAUCAUUUCUGAAGCAGGCGAGCUCUGGCGAAAAUGGCUCUGGCUUGAAAUGAGCGGCGAGAGCUAA